CAAGUUAAGAUGGAGGGCUUCAAUCCGAGGUUAUUUCAAGAAGGACAGAUGUGUCUGUAUAAUCCCAAUAUGUCUUUAGACGAACAAGCCGACCUACUUCCUUAUGAUGAAAAAUGGGAAUUUCCUAAGGAAAAACUAAAACUUGGUCGAACUGUUGGGCAAGGAGCUUUCGGACGCGUCGUGAAAGCUGAAGCAUUUGGAAUAAAUGAUUUUGAAACCUCAACUCCAGUAGCAGUUAAAAUGCUGAAAGAACAAGCUGACGUCAACCAACUAAAAGCCCUCAUGGCGGAACUAAAAAUACUCAUACAAUUAGGUCAUCAUGUAAAUAUCGUCAAUUUGAUGGGAGCUGUGACGAAAAAUAUUGCAGAAGGUGAAGUUUAUGUAAUCGUGGAAUACUGCCGUUACGGAAAUCUACGCAACUACCUUCUCCGUCACAGAGACAAAUUCAUCAAUGAACUGGAUGAACACACUGGAAAAGUGAUACCGACGAUGACUGAUUACAUUACGGAUAAUCUAGAACUGGUAGAGAGUGAAGUUAAGUUUGAUACUGCUCGCUCUUCAGCAAUUUUUGCAGUGGAUAAUCCUAAUUACAGGCCGAAGGUGUAUAAAGUCUCUAGUAACGACUCGAAAGUUUCUUCAAGAGGUCGGACUGCUAGCUGUUCUACCACCUGCUCGUCUGGCUCAAGCACCGCAUUCCGCAAUUAUGAUAGAAUAGAUAGUCAUGAUCACGUCAUUACGACUUCUGAUCUUCUGUGUUAUGCAUUCCAGUGCGCACGAGGGAUGGAUUAUCUGGCUUCUCGAAAACUUAUCCACAGGGAUCUCGCAGCAAGGAAUGUUCUUUUAGCUGAUGGCAAGAUAGUAAAGAUUUGCGAUUUUGGCUUAGCGAAGGACUGCUACAAGUAUGAAAAUUACAUCAAGAAAGGAGAUGGUCCACUUCCUAUAAAGUGGAUGGCUAUUGAAUCUAUCUGGGAUCAUAUAUUUACUACAAAAAGCGAUGUGUGGUCAUUCGGAAUUCUCAUGUGGGAAUUUUUUACUCUGGGUGGCAACCCAUAUCCUGGAAUUGAAAUAGACGAAGAAUUUCUAAAGAAACUAAAAGCUGGAUACAGGAUGGGAAAACCAGAAUUUUGUCCAGAUGAAAUCUACCAAAUAAUGCAGAAUUGCUGGAAUGCUUGUCCCGAUAACAGACCUGAUUUCGAUGAUAUUUCUUUUGCUAUUGGGGACCUUUUAGAAACUGGAGUAAAGCAGCAUUAUCUGGAUGUGAAUGCUCCAUACAUGGAAAUGAACCGCAAAAUGCUAAAUCAUGAUUACUUUAACCUGCAGACAGCACAGAAUCAAGACAAUCUCAUAUUUAUGUUAAUUCAGAAAUAUGUAAUAACUCCUUGAAUGAUAAUACUUUAGUACUGUCAAAACAGUGUCGUUCUGAAGCAUCUUCAAAAGACAAAAUGGAAUUAAAUUUUUCCACAUUUUUGGACAUUAUUACAGAAGAUGAAGUAAUGAGAACAGAAACAAUUGAAGAACAAAGAAAUAGAGCACGCCAUGCUGAUUACCCACUCAUGGCAGAAAGCUAGAAAUAAUUAACGUAGAUCUAAAAUAAUGUAAUUUACUCGAACCUAAUAUUCAUGUAAAGAUUUAAAUAACUAUUCUUGCAGAAGUUUGCAUUGUUCAAUAAAAUACUUUCAUAAAAAAUUUGAUGAAAAUGAAUAAUAAAUGAAUUUUAA